ACGAAAAGAUCUCUCGGUGGAAACAAAACAAGGGUUUAACCAAGGUUUAAGGCGGCUUCGCUUAUUCUACGACUCCCGCUCAGCUUUCGGAUUUUUCUCUAUGAAUUCUUCCCAUUUUCCUGAAUUCUUCCUCAGUUAUUAUAUCCUUCCAACGCUUGAAUUCUCUCGAUUUACUGUUUUUUCCCAGUUGAGUUCGCAAUUCUUUUUCGAUUAAGCUCGAUUGAUGACCGGUGUUAAACCCACAGUGAUCUUGGCAAGUCCCACCAGAUUUUUCGAUCAUUUGGUUCCACUUGAUAAACCCUUGAUUUCUUCUCGAAACCCAGUUGUUCAAUCCUCCGCUAUGUGGAGAAAUAUUGCUAAACAAACAAUUUCAAGGUCACCGGUCAGAUUAUCCGUCUGUCGCCAAAGUCGUGGCCUUUUGGGUUUUUCUAGUGAAUCCAUUUUCCCGGAAAUUUUCAUAUUUCGGCCUUCGGUGAUCGGACCCAUCUCAAGCUCGGGGUUUCACGAUAUGGGUUAUUCUCGAACCUGUGAAAUUCCGGCACCGGGGGAUUUUUCCGGGAGACCCGGGUUCGGAUUUCUCAAGGACGAGUGUUGCUUUCAUCGGUUUUCUCCUAGAAGCUACGUGAAUGCAGCUGAAGCGGUCUCGUCAACGGACAUAGAGGAAGAUGCAUCUGUCGUGGAUGAGGUACAGGAACUGUUGAGGGAGAUGAAGAAAGAAGAGAAGAAGGAGAAGGUUCAUUUGCGGCGGGUGAAACGACAGGAAGAUCUUGGAAUGUUGGAGAAGAAGUAUCAGUCGCUCAAGAGAAGACAAGUUAAGAUUGAGACAGAAGCAUGGGAAAAAGCAGCUAAUGAGUACAAGGAGCUUUUGACAGAUAUGUGCGAGCAAAAGCUUGCCCCGAAUCUGCCUUAUGUGAAGUCGUUGUUUCUCGGUUGGUUUGAGCCAUUACGUGAAGCGAUUGCUAAGGAUCAAGAAUUGUAUAGAUUAGGGAAGAACAGAGCAAACUAUGCAUAUUAUAUUGAUCAAUUGCCGGCAGAUAUGAUAGCUGUCAUCACUAUGCAUAAGUUGAUGGGUUUGCUGAUGACUGGUGGUGAUAAUGGUUGUGUUAAGGUUAUUAUGGCUGCUUGUACCGUAGGUGAUGCCAUUGAACAAGAGAUAAGGAUAUGCAGAUUCUUGGAGAAAACAAAGAAGAAAAAAGAGAAUAUAAGUGAGGGGGUAGAGAAUGUUGAAAAAGAAACUACGGUGAAGGAAGAAGACUGGCUAAAAAGAAAAGUCAGCGAGCUGAUAAAGAAACAGAAGUUGCCAGCGGUUAGACAGAUCUUGAACUCACACGAUGCUUCAAAACCGUGGAGCACUGAUGUUAGGGCUAAGGUUGGAAGUCGACUUAUCGAGCUGUUCAUGAAAACAGCUUACAUACAACCUCCAACUAAUCAGAGGGGUGAUGACCCUCCUGAUAUUCGGCCUGCAUUCGUGCAUACGUUCAAAACAGUAAAGAACAGCAAGAAGAGUGGCAGGAGAUACGGUGUGAUUGAGUGUGACCCUUUGGUCCGCAAAGGCCUGGAAAAAACUGGUUGGCACAUGGUAAUGCCAUACAUGCCGAUGCUUGUCCCCCCUGUCAACUGGUCCGGUUAUGACAGAGGAGCUUACUUUUUCUUACCAUCUUAUCUCAUGCGUAUUCAUGGAGCAAAGCAACAACGAGAAGCACUUAAGAGCACCCCGAGGAAACAACUACAGUUAGUCUUUGAGGCCUUGGAUACACUUGGAAAUGCAAAAUGGAGGGUAAAUAAAAGAGUUUUAAGCAUUGUGGAUAGAAUAUGGAACAGUGGGGGCCGUCUUGCUGAUCUGGUGGAUCGCAGUGAUGUUCCUUUGCCAGAAAAGCCAGAUACUGAAGAUGAGAACAUUCUCAAAAAAUGGAAGUGGAAAGUCAAAUCUGCAAAUAAGGAGAACAGGGAGAGACAUUCUCAGCGUUGUGACAUUGAACUCAAGCUCAAUGUGGCUCGGAAAAUGAAAGAUGAGGAAGGUUUCUACUAUCCACACAAUAUUGAUUUCCGGGGACGUGCAUAUCCCAUGCACCCACACCUAAAUCAUCUUGGUUCGGAUUUGUGCCGGGGUGUAUUAGAGUUUGCUGAAGGCAAGCCUCUUGGAAGUUCAGGCUUACGCUGGUUGAAGAUACACUUAGCAAACUUAUAUGCUGGUGGCGUAGACAAGUUAUCGUUUGAAGGAAGGCUGGCUUUCACCGAAAAUCACUUGGAUGACAUAUUUAAUUCAGCGGAUAGACCACUUGAAGGAAGAAGAUGGUGGUUGCAGGCAGAAGACCCAUUUCAGUGCUUGGCUGUGUGCAUAAAUAUUACUGAAGCUUUAAGAAGUCCAUGCCCUGAAACAUUUGUCUCACAUAUUCCUAUUCAUCAGGAUGGUUCCUGCAAUGGUUUGCAGCAUUAUGCUGCUCUUGGAAGAGACACGUUAGGAGCAGCAGCUGUCAAUCUUGUCGCAGGUGAGAAGCCAGCGGAUGUCUACUCAGGAAUAGCUGCUAGAGUUCUUGAUAUCAUGCGACGAGAUGCAGAACAAGAUCCUGAAGUUUUUCCAGAUGCAUUGCGCGCAAGAAAUUUAGUCAAUCAGGUGGAUCGGAAACUUGUCAAGCAGACAGUUAUGACAUCAGUGUACGGGGUUACCUAUAUUGGUGCCCGAGAUCAAAUUAAGAGAAGGUUGAAGGAACGCAGUAUCUUUACUGAUGAUACGGAACUUUUUGGUGCAGCUUGCUAUGCAGCAAAGGUGACAUUGACUGCUUUAGGGGAGAUGUUUCAAGCUGCACGUGACAUCAUGUCUUGGCUUGGUGAAUGUGCAAAGAUUAUUGCAUCACAAAAUCAGCCAGUUCGAUGGACAACCCCAUUGGGUCUUCCUGUUGUGCAACCUUACCGCAAAAUGGGAAGACAUACGAUAAAGACAUCCCUCCAGGUUUUAUCACUUCAAUGUGAAACGGAUAAGGUCAUGGUCAAGCGACAGAGGACAGCGUUCCCCCCAAAUUUUGUUCACUCACUUGAUGGUUCGCAUAUGAUGAUGACUGCAGUGGCCUGCAGAAAGGCUGGCAUAUGCUUUGCAGGAGUUCAUGACUCAUACUGGACGCAUGCAUGUGAUGUGGAUGAACUAAACAGAACACUACGGGAGAAGUUUGUUGAGCUUUAUGACAAACCAAUCCUAGAGGAUUUGCUGGAGAGUUUCGAGAAAUCAUUUCCUCACCUGUCAUUUCCACCUUUGCCCGAAAGAGGAGACUUUGAUCUGAGGGAGGUAUUGAAUUCUCCAUAUUUCUUCAACUGAGAGAAAUCUAUGGUUUCACUCCAUGUUCAUCUCCAUCUUCAAGGUCUAAAGAAAGGUACAGAUGAGAUUCAUCUAGAAGAGAGAUCUCCUGAGCAUGUUGUAGAUAUCACUGACAAGAACAAUCCUCAUGACGUGAAGCUUCUACAAACACAACCCAUCUUGUCUGUUGUUUCCGGUGGAGGGCAACGUCAUGGGACCGGCAUUCUCUCGUGUUAUGUUCUCUGUGCUCUGAUUCAGCUGCUUCAGAGAGCUGAUGCCAUAUGAGCCCCCAUGUGAUUGGGAAAAUAUUUUACUGUACGAGCUUAUACCUCAAAAUCAGGUUUGGGAGUACUGUGGGCAACUGGGUUAGGAUUCCUUGUAUGUUGUAUUGUAAACUGGUUGGUAUACCGCCUAAAGAGUAGCAAUUAAGAGUUAUUAACCGAGUUGAUACAGAAUGGUUUUAAUCAAAAUACCAUUUUGGAAGUUUCUUUUGACA